AUGCUAAUUAGAUUAGCAGACAACUGUAGUUUUCUGUGCUUCGGCUUGCUUCUUUGCUUGAUUGAAGCCGGUUUAGCGGCCGACCCUUUCGUUUUCUAUGAUUGGACCGUCUCUUACGUCACGGCCUCCCCUCUUGGGGUUAGACAACAGGUGAUUGGCAUAGAGGGAUUAUUUCCAGGGCCAAUUCUGAACGUUACCACAAAUUGGAACCUCGUCAUCAAUGUCAAGAAUAACCUUGAUGAGCCAUUCCUCCUGACAUGGAAUGGCAUUCAACAAAGAAAAAACUCGUGGCAAGACGGUGUUUCAGGGACAAACUGUCCCAUUCCUGCUGGUUGGAACUGGACAUACCAUUUUCAGGUCAAGGAUCAGAUUGGCAGUUUCUUUUACUUCCCUUCACUCAGCUUCCAGCGAGCAGCAGGUGGGUAUGGAGGUAUCAUCAUUAACAAUCGAGAAGUUAUUCCUGUACCUUUCGGGACACCAGAUGGGGAUAUUACCCUCUUUAUCAGCGACUGGUAUAUAAAGAGUCAUAAGGAGAUGAGAAAGGACCUUGAAAGUGGGAAUGACCUUGGAGUCCCUGAUGGAGUCCUAUUUAAUGGGUUGGGCCCAUACCAAUAUGAUAGAUCCCUUGUGCGGGAUGGUAUUCCUUACCUAAUAAUAAAUGUCGAACCAGGGAAAACAUAUCGCCUACGGGUACACAACGUCGGAAUUUCUACUAGCUUGAAUUUUAGGAUCCAAAACCAUAACCUAGUCCUUGUAGAAACUGAAGGGUCUUAUACAGUGCAACAAAACUACUCAAACAUGGAUAUUCAUGUGGGUCAGUCGUACUCAUUCCUGGUGACGAUGGAUCAAAAUGCUAGUAAUGAUUAUUACAUAGUUGCCAGUCCUCGGUUUGCCAACAAUCCAACUUGGACCAAGGCUCCAGGAGUUGCUAUACUGCACUACUCGAAUUCGCAGGGCCUUGCUUCAGGUCCCCUUCCAGACCCUCCCAUUGAAAAUGACCCGUAUUUCUCAAUGAAUCAAGCAAGAUCCAUAAGAUGGAACGUGACUGCUGGAGCUGCUCGGCCCAACCCACAAGGAUCUUUCAGAUAUGGAGACAUAACUGUGACCGAUGUAUAUAUAGUCAUCAACAGGCCUCCGGAGCUUGUUGAUGGCAAACGGCGUACUACCCUUAAUGGAAUUUCGUAUUUAUCCCCUUCAACACCCUUGAAGCUUGCCCAACAGUUUAACGUCCCAGGGGUCUUCAAACCUGACUUUCCUAAUCGGUUUAUGAAUAGGCCUGCGAAAGUCGACACGUCAGUUAUUAAUGGAACUUUCAAAGGAUUUAUGGAAAUUAUAUUUCAGAACAAUGAUACAUCCAUGCAGAGUUAUCAUCUGGAUGGUUAUGCUUUCUUUGUUGUUGGGAUGGACUUUGGAGAGUGGACAGAGAGUAGCAGGAACACCUAUAACAAGUGGGACGGGGUGGCUCGCUGCACAACCCAGGUGUUUCCUGGUGCUUGGACUGCUAUAUUAGUAUCUCUGGAUAAUGCUGGGAUGUGGAACCUUCGAACACAGAAUCUUGACUCGUGGUACCUUGGUCAAGAAACUUAUGUGAGUGUUGUGAAUCCAGAGCAUGACAGUGACGAGGUGCAGUUACCCGAGAAUACGAUAUACUGUGGCCAACUGUCAUCCUUGCAGAAGCAACAGGCUCAACGAGUCAACUUCUCCGGGGCACAAUCACUUGACAAGAUGAUCAAGAUUGUUCUCAUUACUAUUCUAGUAGUUUUAUCUUUACUUGGAUAA